AUGGCCUUGCUCCACCUUACCUCUCUGAGCUGCUGCACCCCGACACCCCCAGCCGAUCUCUCAGCCCUCGGCGUGUGUCUCGCUGGUCGCCGCGGUCUGUCCCAGCUGGCCGAGCUACCGGAGACGCACCAGCUCCUCAGACAGACCUGCAGAGACUUCGCCGACCGGGAGCUGGCGCCGAUCGCCGCCCGGCUGGACAGGGAGCACGCGUACCCCGCCAAGCAGAUCCAGGAUUUGGGGGCGAUGGGGGUGAUGGCCAUGGAGGUCCCCGAGGAGCUGGGUGGAGCCGGGAUGGACUACCUGGCGUACAGUCUGGCCAUGGAGGUCAGCCGGGGCUGCGCCAGCACGGGGGUCGUGGUGUCUGUAAAUAACUCUCUCUACAUCGGGCCGAUACUGAAGAACGGGUCAGAAGAACAGAAACAGCAGUGGAUCACGCCGUUCACCACCGGGGAGAAGGUGGGCUGCUUCGCCCUCAGUGAGCCAGGUAACGGCAGCGACGCGGGCGCGGCCUCCACGGUCGCCCGGCAGGACGGAGACGAGUGGGUGCUGAACGGGACCAAAGCCUGGAUCACCAACAGCUGGGACGCCUCCGCCACCGUCGUGUUCGCCACAACGGACAAGAAACUCAAACACAAGGGCAUCAGCGCCUUCCUGAUCCCCAUGCCACACCCGGGGCUUUCUCUGGGGAAGAAGGAAGACAAGCUGGGCAUCCGAGCCUCGUCCACCGCCAACGUCAUCCUGGAGGACUGCCGGGUGCCGCUGGGCAACAUGCUCGGGCCGCGUGGCGCCGGAUUCAAGAUCGCCAUGGUACUUUUUAGAGCCGUUCGUUGUAGAGCUGCAAUUAAUCGUUGA